UUCUCCCCGCCACACCUCUCCUCUCCUCCUCUCUCUCUCUUUCUCAGCCAUAUCUCUCCAUCUCGACUCUCUUCCGUGUUUGGAGUAAAGAGACACACAGGUGUGGCGUUACCGGCAGGUGUGUUGCUUCAGAAUGGACCUCAAAGGCUUCUGUCUGACAGAGAACUUCCACUUUCUCAGCCAGCACAACCAUUUCUUGGAUUCCACCACGACCGACGGGCCUCCGUCGCCGCUCGAACCUUGCAUCAAACCGGACCCAUCGAGCCCGGCUUUCCCCCCGGACAGUAACUCCCCCUUCAGCCCUGCCGGUACAUCGGAAAGCAGCGGUUACAGCUUCUUCUCGCAGACCCAGUCCCUCAACCCCGACUCGCCCGGCUCUAGUAGCAGCAGCAGCAGCAGCCGAGGCAGCUGCACGCCGCCCGGAUCCAGCUCCCAUCACUACCAUACGGAGCGCAGUGGCGGGCUGUCGGUUGGCGGAGAUGUGGUUCGCCUCGCUGGGGAAUACGCGUCCACGCUUGGCUCUGCACACAAGCGGCUCUGUCUAGUCUGCGGAGACUUUGCAUCUGGAUAUCACUAUGGGGUCGCGUCCUGCGAAGCGUGCAAGGCGUUCUUCAAGAGAACCAUUCAAGGUAACAUUGAGUACACCUGCCCUGUGACAAACGAGUGUGAGAUCACCAAGCGCCGGCGGAAGUCCUGCCAGGCGUGUCGCUUCCAGAAGUGUCUGCGUGCAGGCAUGAUGAAGGAGGGUGUCCGUAUGGACCGAGUGAGGGGAGGCCGACAGAAGUACAAGCGCAGAGUGGACUGUGGCCUGACGCUCUAUACCAAAACCCCUUUCUUACAUCCGGCCAAACCCAUCGGCAACAAAAUGAUCUCCCAGCUGCUGGUGUCUGAGCCGGCGCCUCUGUGUGCUAUCCCCGACUCAUCCUCCGGGGGCAGUGCUGAGCUCAAGACCCUGCUCACCCUCUGUGACCUCCUCAACAGAGAGCUGCUCGUCAUGAUCGGCUGGGCCAAGAACAUCCCAGGCUUCUCUGCACUCUCAUUGGUGGACCAGAUGGCGCUGCUGCAAGGCGGCUGGAUGGAGGCGCUGGUGCUGUCGGUGGUGUCGCGUUCGCUCGGCUCCGCCGACGAGCUGGUGUUUGCCGAUAACCUGCGUCUAGCCGAGGGCCAGUGCCGGGCGGCCGGGCUGGCUGACCUCUACACCACGCUGCGUCACCUGACGCGCAAGUACCAGCAGAUGGGCCUGAGCCCUGAGGAGCUGGUCACCCUCAAAGCCAUGACCCUCGCCAACGCAGACGCGGCGAACCUGGAGGGUGCGGAGGCGGUGCAGCGUUUCCGUGACGCUCUCCACGAGGCCUUGCAGGAGCACGAGAGCGGUCAGCACCCCGUGGAGCCUCACCGCGCCGGCCGGCUGCUCAUGACGUUGCCUUUGCUCCGGCAGACAGCGGCGCGCGCCGUCGACACCUUCUCCCGGCUGCACCGCGAGCGCCGCGUGCCCAUGCACAAGCUCUUCCUGGAGAUGCUCGACAACAAGAUAUGAGACGAUAACACGAAGCCACAGCUGCUGACGCCGACGCCAUGUGAUGGCGCGGAUCAAGCGGAUUGUUGAGAUGUGGCUAAAGAUGAGAGCCCCAGCUUGCCAUGAACUAUGCUGUAGGGUUGCCCAGAGUGACGCAAUCAGCAAUCUUUUUUUCUAGGGAA